GUGGGCGUAUACUUCGAAGUUGUAAAUUACUGUUUCUCUUUCACUCUCUCUCUCUAAGCAAUGACGGCCGCGAUUUUGAGAUCUGCUCUGAGGAGGAGCGCGGCGGCGUCCUACUCCUCGAGCCGUGGCUUCGCUUCAUCGCCUGGCCAACAGCGGAAGGUCGCGAUUUUGGGCGCUGCCGGUGGUAUCGGACAGCCGUUAUCGCUUCUGAUGAAGCUGAAUCCGCUGGUCUCCCACCUCUCUCUCUACGAUAUCGCCGGAACACCUGGCGUCGCCGCUGACGUUAGCCACAUUAACACCAGAUCUGAGGUGAGAGGAUAUGCUGGAGAUGAUCAGCUAGGGCAAGCUUUGGAAGGUUCAGAUCUGGUCAUUAUUCCAGCUGGUGUGCCGAGAAAGCCCGGCAUGACCCGUGAUGACCUCUUCAAGAUCAAUGCCGGCAUUGUCAAAUCACUUUGUGAGGCAAUUUCCAAAUAUUGCCCCCAUGCUCUUGUGAAUAUGAUAAGCAACCCUGUGAAUUCAACGGUUCCAAUUGCUGCUGAAGUCUUCAAGAAGAAGGGCGUAUAUGAUGAGAGGAGACUCUUUGGUGUAACAACUCUUGAUGUCGUUAGAGCCAAAACGUUCUAUGCUGGAAAGGCCAAUGCCAAUGUUGCUGAUGUUAAUGUACCUGUUAUUGGUGGUCAUGCUGGAAUUACUAUUCUCCCCUUGUUUUCACAAGCCACACCAUCAGCAAAUCUUUCAGCUGAAGAAAUUACAGCUCUUACUAAAAGAACACAAGAUGGUGGGACCGAAGUUGUUGAAGCCAAGGCUGGAAAGGGAUCAGCUACACUUUCAAUGGCGUAUGCUGGCGCUAUAUUUGCCGAUGCUUGCUUAAAAGGACUUAAUGGAGUCCCUGAUGUGGUGGAAUGUUCAUUUGUGCAAUCAACUGUGACAGAGCUACCUUUCUUUGCGUCAAAGGUGAGACUUGGGAAGAAUGGUGUGGAAGAAGUUUUGGGUCUGGGUCCUAUGACUGAUUUUGAGAAGCAAGGACUGGAAGCUCUAAAGCCUGAGUUGAAGAGUUCGAUUGAGAAGGGAAUUGCUUUUGCCAAUACCAAUUAAGAAAGCCAUACUAAUUCAGUUUUGGAAAUGUUGUGGUGUUUGACGCCACAAGAGAAGUAGAGAAGUGUCUUGCUCACAUUGCAUCAAUAAGGGGAGGAGUGUAUUACCUGCAAACAAUGUAAUCUCUCUUUGAACCAAAUUCUACUUCCAUUGGUGUCAAGCUCAAGCCCCUUUAAUUGAGUGUAUUUAAUCUUUUAAACUCUUUAAUAAAUGCAGGCUUCGGACUCCUAA